AUGGCAAUGCAGUGGUCAAUUGUAGAUGAUGGCUUUAUCAUUGGAUUUGUGAUUCAAGAUCACCGCAAUAACGCCCAUAGUAGAAAUUUAAGAUCAGCCGAAGAAGAUGGUGAAGUUUAUAUCAUUGAUGCCAUGAACUUGGGUGGCAGCAACAUGCAAAACAAUAACGAUAGAAGUUUAAGAUCAAGCCAAGAUAGUGUUUUGAUCUUCGAUUCCGUGCAAAACAACUAUGAUCCUUUGAAAAAUUUUGAAAGGUUUAUAAUUGAAGAAAAAACAGAAGAUCCUUGCAGCAUAUGUCUUGAGGAACUUGCAAUUGGAUUAAGAGCAGUUCGCAUACCCCACCCAUGUUCUCAUAUCUUUCAUCACCACUGCAUCAAAAAAUGGCUCGACAUCAAUCGCACUUGUCCUUUGUGUCGCAGGAACAUAUAG